AUGGCCUCCGGCUCAACCAAAGACCACGUCGUCGUUUCCGGCAAUAAUACUCUUACUGUUCCUUUGGACGGACGAUAUUUCGACCUCGACGAUGCCAUGAUAAUGCCGGAGGAUCCCACAGCCACAGUUCAAACAGUCAUGCGUAUGGUUUCUGCCAUGCCAACGGGUAAUUACGCGACCGGGAAUUGCUCGAUUUGCAUGGAGAGCUUAUGUCCGUCCAAUGGUUCAAGUGCUUCUAGGCAAGUCUCCUGCGGACAUGUUUAUCACCAUGAUUGUAUUACCGAUUGGCUCUUGAACGGCAACAGUUACUCUUGCCCCCUUUGCCGCCACCAAAUUUCCCGAUGA